GUGCCUCGAAGCCCCUGAGCUGCAAGGGGCCAGAGAGGGGCCGGCAUGGGCCCUGAGCUGCCCACACUUUGGCUGCUGCUCUUCACCUGGCUCCCAGCAGGGUGCCUGUCCUUGCUGGUGACGGUCCAGCAAACAGAACGCUAUGUCACCCUGUUUGCCUCCGUUGUCCUCAAAUGUGACUACACCACUUCUGCCCAGCUCCAAGACGUGGUGGUGACGUGGCGCUUCAAGUCCUUCUGCAAGGACCCCAUCUUCGACUACUACUCUGCGUCAUACCAGGCAGCUUUAUCCCUGGGUCAGGACCCAUCCAAUGACUGCAAUGACAACCAGCGGGAAGUUCGCAUCGUGGCCCAGCGGCGGGGGCAGAAUGAACCGGUGCUGGGGGUGGAUUACCGGCAGCGCAAGAUCACCAUCCAGAACCCCCUGGCCCACCACCGCUACAUGAAGCAGGCUCAGGCUCUAGGUCCUCACAUGAUGGAAAAACCCCUGUACUGGGGGGUGGACAGGAGCUCCCAGGUCUCAUCUUACCCAAUGAACCCACUGCUGCAGCGAGAUUUGUCACGACAGUCCAGCCUUCCACAGAUGCCAAUGACCCAGACCGCUGUUCACCCUCCCAUCACCAAUGGUGUCCUGGAGUAUUUGGAGAAAGAACUGCGGAACCUCAACCUGGCCCAGCCUCUGCCCCCUGACCUCAAAGCCAGAUCUGGCCACCCCUGCAGCAUGCUGUCCUCCCUGGGCUCCGAGGUUGUGGAACGCAGGAUCAUCCACCUGCCCCCACUGAUCAGAGACCUGCCAUCCUCACGGAGGACCAGUGACUCCUCACGCCAGCAGUGGCUCACACCAAUUCCAUCCAGACCGUGGGAUCUGAGGGAGGAGAGAAAGCAACACCAUUACUCUGAUUUCUACCAUGAGCUCCAGGACCGGGUGCCAAAGCCCUGGGCAUUAGAGAGAAGGGAGCUGAACUACCCGGGGAGUGGAAGGCACCAUGGCCCCAGGCUGAACAGGUCACCCUUACCCUGUUCAGACAGGGACAGCCUCAGCGAUGGCCCCUCGUCCAGUGAGGCACACUGGCGGCCCAGCCGACCCCCUCUCAGAAACCACUGUAGGGAGAGGCCCCGCAGGCCCAGCCACCGGGAGAGCACCCAGAGGCACGGGAGACGCAGGCACCGCAGCUACUCCCCUCCCCUGCCCUCUGGCCUCAGUUCUUGGAGCUCUGAGGAGGAGAAGGAGAGGCAGCCCCAGAGUUGGGUCUACCGUCACCGCUCACGUUCCCCAAACUGGCCCGAGGAGAAGCCACCCAGCUACCGCUCACUGGAUGUCAUUCCAGUCAAGAAUGGCAGGAAAAAAGGGAGUGUGGAGAGGCGCUCGGAGAGAGAGAGCUCCCAUAGUGGAAGGAGUGUGAUCAUUUAGUCACCAGGCACAGCACUACUUUCGUGGCUACUUCUUGGCUCCUGCGUGUCAUCAGCAUCACCUCGAUUUCCAGCUGACUUGGGAGGGACUCUGCAAGUCUGUAUCUAACAGUUUUGGCUUAGAUAGAAAAAUUUUAAAAACAAGAGUUUGAGGAAUUAAUGACUAGUUUUAGCCUUGGUUCACACACUCUGCAUAUUUACAUAGUCUCUGACUUGUAAUGUACCCCAACUGGGAUGUGAUCCCUUAGGAACUUAGUAGCCUGAGUCUCCAACAAGAUUACACUGCUCAGGACUAUGGCCAUUCUCAAAGUGAGAACUCAGGAAUCUUUAAGAAGAAAUCAAACAUGUUUCUGGAAAAGGAAAUCUACGGAGUAUGACAGGGAAAUUCCGAUGGGAACUUGUCUCCCUCUGUCACAUAUCUUGAGGGUCCUUCCAUAUUAAGAGUCCACCCUUGUGCCGCCAUGCCCAGUCCUGUGCACUCCUAAGGUUCCAGUCAAAGAUGGCACAGGAAAUACUCCAGCCAUGUGCCUUCUCACGGGCUAUUUAUUGUACAUGUAGAAAAUCACAGGAAAGCAGUUUUGCACCAACUUUAUUCCUGUCCCUUGUUUUCUUCUUGCUCUUUUCCCCCCUACACCUAAUUUAUAUUUUCUUAUAUAUUAUGUAUCCAUUAAAAUCGCUUUAAAUGCU